AUGGCCGCCACUCUCCCCCUAGACACACAAAGGCUCGCUCAAAGGGGAGAAGCAGCCCAGCUAGCCGCCGAUCUAACGAGCUACCCCGCCUCGAAUCUCGACAAUGGCUUCUUAGCAGUCACUCCGCCCAUCGAGGCCGAGCACGACGCGUGGGAUCUAGCCGCCUCGCUAGAGCCCAUCGACAAGAAUGCCAAGCCCUUAGUGGCCAUCAUUGGCGUUGGAUACGUCGGUACACACCUAUUCGAGGUGUUCUCGCGGGAGUAUAACACCCUGGGCUUCGAAGUCUCCGAGAGGCGAGUCCAGGACCUCAAGUCGUGCUUCGAGGGCAACCAACGCGUUUCCCUGACGAGCACUUCGCGCCAUCUACACACGGCCACUCACUUCCUCAUAUCGGUUCCCACGCUGUUGCUGCCGGACAAGAGCGUCGACACUUCGUACCUCCGGAGCGCGCUUAAGACGGUGGCCGCUCACGCCCGCCCGGGCUCUACGGUAGUCAUCGAGAGCUCCGUGGCUAUUGGCAUGACGCGCGAUCUGCUCGGGCCCAUUGCCAAGAUACGGGGGUUUUACGCCGGCAUGUCACCGGAGCGAGUCGACCCAGGCCGCACCGAGCCGCCGGCUUACGCCAUACCCAAGGUCAUCUCGGGCCUCGACGACGUCGUUCCGGGGUCCCUCGAGGCGAUCCGGGCGCUAUACACUCGUGUCUUCGACCGCAUCGUGCCCGUGUCCAAGCCCGAGGUAGCCGAGAUGACCAAGCUGUACGAAAACUGCCAGCGCAUGAUUGGCAUCGCGUACGCGAACGAGAUGGCCGAGGCAGCAAGGGCCCACGGCAUCAACCCCUACGAGGUGUGCCAGGCCGCGAGCACCAAGCCCUUUGGCUACACGAGCUUCUUCCCGGGCGUCGGUGUCGGCGGCCACUGCAUACCCGUCAAUCCCCAUUAUCUACUGUCCAACAGCUCGUUCCCCUUGCUUGCCGCCGCAAGCGAGGUCAUGACACGCCGGCCGGCCACCCUCGCCGCCCGGGCGGUCGAGGAGUUGACCAAGGACAGGAGCAACCAUGGCCGCAAGCCCCGUGUUCUCGUCGUGGGCAUCGGCUUCAAGGCCGGCCAGUCGACGCUCAGCAACUCUCCCGGCCUCGAUCUCAUCAAGCACCUGUCCUUGCACGGCAGCGUCCAGGUCCAGUUCGCCGACCCGCUGGUCCGGCAAGAGGACGUGCCUCAAGUCUCUCGCCUGGCCGAUUGUGACUGGAACAGGAAGAUACUCGCGUGCUUUGACAGGAUCAUUGUCACCAUGCGUCAGGUUGGGCUCGACUUUGGUUUGCUCGACGACAUUCCGGAUGUGCAUGUUGAGUGGUAG